CGUUGCUUAGCAACCGUUAACUAGUUGCUGUAAACGAAGCUGAGGGGGGAAGAAGCUACGCAGCAGGACGGGAAGAGACACGAUGUCAGCACAGAAAGAGCCGGCGAACAUCGGCCGAGUGCUGAGUUUCCUUCGAGAGUGGGACCGCGGUGACAGGACGGUCCGCGGCCGCAUGUUGAACACCUUCCUGACUCAAAACUCGGGCAGGACGUCUCACGAGCUGGAGCUGGAGUUCGCGCAGGUGGCCAGCCUGUUCCUGGCUCGACUCACCACCUGGAUGAAACUCACAUACAUGUUUGGAACGUUCUUGGGAAAACAACUUAAAGCGAUUGGGAUUUUCCUCUCCGCAUCGAGCCAUGAUCAGUACCUGGUGGAGUUCCUGGAGGAUGGAGGUGUUCUCACGCUCCUCGACAUCUUGGGCCACCCUCGGAGCAAAGAGGAGGAGAAGAGGGAGGCCCUUCGCCUUCUGCUCACCGUGUCAAACGCUGGUCGCAAGUACAAAGAGAUUAUCUGCGAAAGCCAUGGUGUGACAGGUAUAGCAGAGUGCCUGGCUAAGUCCAAUACAGAUGAAACCCAAGAGACGGCGGGUGUCCUGCUGGAGUCCAUCUCCCAUGGAAACCCCAAAUAUCAAAACCAGAUCUACAAAGGUCUGAUUGCUCUCAUGACUUGUACCUCCCCCAAAGCCCAGCAGCUGGCCCUGCACAACUUACACGCUCUCCAGUGCAAAAUGAAAACAGCCCAUUGCAGCAUUGUGGAACCUCUGCUGAACAUGCUAAGGUCCCUGCACCUGGAGGUUCAGGAUGAAGCUAUACGUUUGAUCUUGGACCUCAAGUGUUAUGAUGUGAGGCCGCUGCUGCUCAAUGGACUGGUGACUCGGCUGGGGCCUACAAAAGAGGAAGUGCAGCACCAUAUGGAAGAAUCUGAGAUGAUCAAGAUGACUGGAACUUUGCCUGUGUUCGUGCAACAAGCUGCCGCGGCUAAAGCCAUACGCUUGCUGGCCAAAGACAGUGACGAGCUUUCGCGUGAGCUUCUCUCUCUUGGAGUGAUCCAACGUCUUCUGUACACAAUGGGAAACAGAGAGCACGCUGAUGCUCAGAUACAAGCCAGUCUGGCUUUAGAGCACUUUAUCAGCUCAUACCCGGUCAUUGAGGAACAUGUGCAGAGAGGCAUCGGCAGCACACUGUUUGAGGCCUUCAUGCACCAAACUGACACUUUGUACAUGAAUAUGAAUGAAAGCCAAGCAGAAAUCCUGCUCACAAACAAGGUCCACAUAACUGAAGUCGUGCUGGCGCUGUUUAGCGAGAAAUUAAACAAGCCACGUUUGACAAUGAGCAGGUUGCGUUCUGCGGCGCGUAACGGACUGAGAGCCGGAGAGGAGGCGUCAAAAGCCGCCGAGCCAAAGCGGAACAGGUCCAAUAAGGCUGCGAAAGAAGAAGAACCCCUGAACGCCUCCUCGCCGUCGUGCUCGCGCCACUCCUUCCAUCCCCCGGCAGAUGUUGAGCUGCUGCGCUCUCAGCUGCUCCGCUGGUACGACAACAACAAGAGGGAACUUCCCUGGAGGACGCUGGCCGUGACGGAGUCAGACCUCAACAUCAGGACAUACGCAGUCUGGGUUUCAGAAAUCAUGCUGCAACAGACCCAGGUUGCCACAGUAAUAGACUAUUACAACAAAUGGAUGAAGCGGUGGCCCACGGUGCGCCAUCUAUCCGCUGCAACGCUGGAGGAAGUGAACCAGAUGUGGGCGGGGCUUGGCUACUACUCCAGAGGGAGAAGACUGCAUGAAGGGGCUCAAAAGGUGGUGUCGCAGCUCAAGGGGCAGAUGCCUCGCACGGUGGACGGCCUGCUCAAACAGCUGCCCGGAGUGGGACGCUACACAGCUGCAGCUGUGGGCUCUAUUGCCCUCGGUCAGGUUACCGGAGCGGUGGACGGCAACGUGGUCCGGGUGCUGUGUCGCCUGAGGGCCAUCGGAGCCGACAGCACGAGCGCCGCAGUAACAGAGGCCCUCUGGAGACUCGCCAACACGCUGGUGGACCCCGAGAGGCCCGGAGACUUUAACCAAGCCGUGAUGGAGCUGGGAGCCCGGGUGUGUUCCCCUAGAGGCCCUGUGUGCAGCCAAUGUCCCGUGCAGUCUCACUGCCACGCCUUCCGCACGGUUCAGGGGAAGAGGGGGGGGACCCCCGGGAAGCCGGACAGGAAGCCGUCCACGCUGCCCGAUAUAGAAGACUGCGUGAGCAGCGAGGCGUGUCCGCUGUGUCCCUCGGAGCCCUGGGACGAGGCGCUGGGGGUUCAGAACUUCCCGAGGAAGCCGCCGAAGAAGCCGCCCCGCGUGGAGCGAACUCUGACCUGUGUGGUGACGAGGCCUGGUGGUGGUGGUGGUGGUGGUGGUGGGGAGGAGGGAGGGGACGAGUACCUGCUCACGCGGAGGCCAAGCACAGGUCUGCUGGCAGGCUUGUGGGAGUUUCCGAGUCUCCUGCAGGGGGAGAAGAGCUCCUCGUCGAAGGACAAGGCGGCUCUGUGCGCUCGGGUCAGCGGGCUGCUGGCAGGCGAUCUGACGGAGAGCCUCUUCCGGUACGCGGGGGAGGUGGUUCACGUCUUCUCCCACAUCCGCCAGACGUACGUGGUUCACAGCGUGCGCCUGAGGGACGCCGGCGCACAAACGCCGAGUAAAAAGGCCCAGUGGCUCACCAGGUCGGCCCUUCAGGAAGCCGCCGUGUCCACGGGAGUGAAGAAGAUUUUGGAGCUUUGCGACUCUGUGGACGGUCAAAAGGAGCAAAGCUGCAGCGGCGGGAAAAGGCAGAAUUGCACCGGCACGAAGAAGAAAAAGAACCAACGGGCCUCCAAAAAACCCAAACUGAGUGCGUCUGACAGCGGCCGCAGACAGGUCUCCCUCAGCGCCUUCUUCAGCCACGUGAAGCAGGAAUCUUAAUAUUAUAAGCAUCACGUGUCGAUCAGCUGUGUAAUUACAUUUCUAGUGCGCUCUUUUCACCACUACAUCAUGACUGGUCGGCGUGUUUUACCAGCAGUGUUUAUACAUGUUUAUUAAAUAGGAUGUUUUUUUUAUUUCGCCAUGAACUUUUGUGACAACAAAGCAAGAAACACAAGAAAAAGACUCUGUAUGAACUGAUGUUCAUUUAUUGCGUUAUUGUGGAUAUACGACAACAUUUCGUUGAUAUAUGUAUGAUAUGUAUUGUAUCUGUGUAAAAAAAAAAAAGAAAGUCGCUCCCCUUAUGGCGGGAAAAACCGCGCGCCCUGCUGCGCUGAACACGUGACGUGCAACUGAUCCCAUCUCAGAAGGACGUGCCGGAGGAGACGUGGAGUAAUCUGAGACGUGGAGUAUUUGGAUAACGUCAUCCAAACGUCGUCCAAAGGUCGCCCGGCUCAAUCCCGCGGGGGUUCGCCGCUGAAAACCGCCGGCUGCGAG